ACGGACAGACGUCGCUGAACUGUUCGCGUGAUAUUUCAAGCACAAGAAGCUGUCUAUAGGUUUGAAUACAGUACUGUCACUAUCAUUGGAAUGCUCGGUAAAAUGACAAACAUUCUGCGGAAAGUUAAACUAACAUGCCUCGAAAGACUAUACUUCCGAGGGAUUGAGCAUAAAACCCAUAUUGCAAAGCACUUUCUUUAGUACUUGCCCGUAGCACGAAGGACAGUCGAGGCUAUUACAGCAACAUUCACGGGUUCUUGCCAACGUGGUUACAAUGGGACUCAAUUAUUGUCCAUAUGACGCUUCUAAAUCUUUUCUGGUGGUCCUUAUAGUCAUGAAUGGUCUGCUGCAUCUCCCUCAAGCCACCGGCAAAAAUUGCAACCAUAAACUGCCUAUAAUACCUGAUGUAGAGAUUUCCACAAGUCCACCAAUGCAGAAACUAGCUGUUGGUACAGCGGUAAACCUGACUUGUAUGGCGCAGCCCAGGAGUAUUGAUGCAGGAUAUUACGAUAGAUGGACCGAGUACAUUCAAUGGUAUGACCCACAAGGCAAGCCAGUUGGACAUAAAUGUGUGCAGGGUAGAACAAUGGUGUUAAAACUUAGAUGUACUUUAAUGCUCAAAAAUCUGACGGUAGAGAAACUCGGGAACUACACGUGUGAAGCAGGAAAUCCAUAUCCUGCGCACUGCAGAAGAAAAUCAGUCGAAAUUGGUCCACAAGACAUCAAGCCCAAUCAAAGCGUGAGAGAUUUAGAAAACCAAACAACUCCUAUCAGCUUUAGUCUGAAUUUUAUCUGCACCACCAGUGGUUAUCACAACGCGAGCAAUUCACCGACGAAGGACAGCGACCCGUAUUCUAAGCAAUCCAACCGAAUUGCCAAGCUUAAACUUUUAGUUCUAGACCACAAGUACCAUUGCAUUGGUGGAACCAGCGCGGGAGGAAACAUGUUUGAGAGGCUCUCCAACACGUCAACCAUCAGCUUAAAAGUUAAUUUUUAGCAUAGUAUAAUAUAUACGUCACUAUGAAUAAUGCCAACGUAUAAUAGAAGCAUGGAAUUAAGUAGUUAUAUUUUAGACGAUGCCAUAGUCCAGUAAAAGUAUUGAAGAUCAGUGACUUUAAAUGAUGUAAACCUCUGUGAAAAUACUGACACCUAGCUAGUCAUUGUUCUCACUCUUUUGUAAAAUUGCUGACAAACAGUAAUUUUUGAAUCAAGUUGAGGAACUUUCCAGAAGUAUUGAUAAGACAAUGGAGGCACCUGAAAUGAAGAAGUUUUUUUUUUCUUCUUUUUAUUCACUGAUGUAUUCUUUGCGUAACAGUUAGAAUAAAAAUAGCAGCUUUGAAGCUUUAAUUUUUUUUCCUUAAAAGUUGUGAGGG